UUAGACUCCCUCGCAGUCGCAUUCGUUAGCCAUUCUUCGUUGCGGUGUGUCGGAGAUUUCGAUGCUAAGUUGAAAGCCUUUCUAGGAAGUUACUAUCUUGGCAGAAAUAAAGUGUCAAAGAAUGCACUGUUUGCGGAUGUAAUUAUAAAAAAUAGUGAUUUACAAUUACAUUUAAAGUUUCUUUAUGAGUGCCAGUUCAAUUACAGUGAUUAUUGAGGUGUUUGAGGCCGUGCCUCUAGUGCUGUGAAUAAGUGUAUCUUUUAGGCAGUGUUUGAAUUCUACAUCAACCGGUUUACCAGAAUCGUCAAACUGCUGCUCAUCUCGUCUGUCCGUCGUCAACUCAAGAACACUUCUUUUUCUGUGUCCGCGCGCCGAGUGAAGGUCGCUGGCCAGGCUUCUACUGAGCGUCCAUCACCUGGACCUCGCAGCGUUUCCUGACGCUUCUUUCUUUCAAGCUUCGUCCCCCAAAACCGCCAAGGUGUCUGGACAAAUGGAGCGCAGUGAGAGCAACCAGUUGGAGGCGGUGCCCAUACUGUGUCGAAACGGAUGCGGUUUCUUUGGGUCCUCCAACACAGACGGGCUCUGCUCCAAAUGUUACAAAGACCACCUCAAGAAGAAACAACAACCACUACCUCAGAGUAGCCCCAGCAGCAGUAGUACGCCCAGCACACCACCUCCAACACUAGCAUCCUCGAGGAACACUUCACCUCCUCCAUCGCCCCCACUGUCGUCCACAUCAUUAGCUGCCGUAGCAACGACGCUAGCCUCUUCCUCGUCCUCUCCUUCUGCAGCAUCCCAUUUGGCUACCUCCACAGCUCAGCCUACCGUCCCAUCUAUUUCCUCGGAGAGUUGUAACAACGAAGGCGGCGACGGAUGUGAAGGCAACUCUGCUUUGCCAGGACUUUGUCCCGGUGAUCUGAGCUCUGCUGCGGCUCUUGCGGCCUCGCCUCUCGACGCUGAACUGGAUUCCUCCAGUUCCUCUGACAAGGAGCCAGCCAAGAAGAAGAAAAACAAAUGCCAAUCUUGCAAGAAGAAAGUUGGACUCACAGGCUUCACUUGCCGCUGCGGAGGCCUAUUCUGUUCAGUUCAUCGCUACAGCAACGAGCAUCGCUGCACCUUCGACUAUCGGGAGCUUGGAGCUGAGGAAAUAAGGCGCAAUAACCCAGUAAUUAAGGGCGAGAAAAUACAGAAAAUAUGAGAAAUGCACUAGACUAUUUUAAGUGAUCAUUUAUAUUCAUGCUCAUGACCCCCCGUCUCUAGUUUUGUCAUCUCCAUGAUCGUAUGUUAUUCGUUUGUCUGCUUUUGGCUUGUCUGAAUUCCUCCUGUGAGUUGCAAUGUUUCUUCAAUAAAUUGUAGUUAAGUUGGGUUGGAGUCCUGUAUCCUUAACGUGGAUAGCGUUGUUUUCGCGGUUAAAUUUGGGUAUACUUUUCGACUAAUCAACGAUAACGAUGGAUAGAAUGCGUUUAUGAUGUUCUAGCUGUUCUAUUUUUCCGAGUAUUGGCAUGACUGAGUCUUAGAAAGAUAUGAUAAAGUCCUCGACGGCUCGGCUUUCAAAACCUAACACUACGGUUUGUUCAUGCUAAAUCUGAUGAGAACUAAUGCUGUGUAAUAGCUUUCAGAACGUCAUUUUGUGUAGAAUCGUGACUAGAAUCAUUUUGUAUAGUGGGGGCCUCGUGACUUUGGACUUGCUAAUAUCGACUCAAGUGGGAUUAAACUCUCGCGUAUAGAAUUUUCGUGUAUCCUCCGUAAAUUUGGUAAAGAUUAAGCCAUUUCAACGUCUGGAUCUCUGUAUCAGCUGAUCAAACGUUACGUAGUCCCAUAAUUUGACUGACUAUGAGCUUAAACAUUUUUUUCAUGGACGACAUCGUGCUGUACAUCUUGUCUGUUAUCAUAAUUGUUUGUGGUUUAUUACUAUGUCAGGCAAUGAUAUAUUUCUUCAAUUAAAUAUAGUGACCUAUGGCAGUCUAAUCACUGCUUGUGCCCAUUGGGGGGUUCUUGCUUCUUUCGUCCAGUGGUAAAUCAUCUCUCCAUCGCCAAGCAUAACGUUAGCACUCAUCUUCAUAGUCACGGUCAUCACUCGUAUGUUCAUUGCAGUCACUGAUGUCAUGUAUCAUCCUCGUCAUCAUUGAUAUCACCUCCACCAGCUUCACAAUUUCACCUCGUUGCCACCGCUAGCUUGUAGAAGAAAGCGUACGUUUAAUGAAGCUAUACCUUAUGAAUGCCUUGGCCAUAGGAUGUGUGUCGGUAGGUCUUAAGCUUCUUCAUUAAUGUAGUUCGUGUUUGUUAAACAUCGCCUCUUGAAUUCUUCAUGGCCAGAAAGUGGAACCUCUUAUUAGCGGUAAUUUUCGCUUUUGAAUAUUAUAUACUAAAGUUUUUAUUACUUCUCUUCAGUGUUUGAGUGUAGCUCCUCCAGCAACAUCGGAAGGAACUCUUUACUUCCGAAUUACGUUUCUUCGUGUUAAUCUUCCAUGCUACCUCUGUUUUUGAAUACCUGAAUUUUUGCAACUAGCUUUAAAUUACCAUCUUUCUUGGUAAUUUUACGUAAAGUUUGAUGUCCAGUACGUGGCAAAUUUGAAGAGUAUAUUCCUUAAAUUUUGAUUUAAUUUUCCAACGAUGCUCCAAUGCUAAAUGUCUCUUAAUUUUGAAAGUGUUAGAAGUCUGUUUUUCAAUAAAUGAACAUUUUUCCUAAAGCCGGCUCCGGGUAAUUUCUAAAUUCAGCAUUUUGAAUUUGUCCUAAUCCAGGGGUUUUACAAAUAUGCAUCGACUAUCGUCUAAUACUAAUAGUUUUCUUUUACUUAAUCAAUAAUAAUCUAACACCGUAUUUAGCAGGAAUCUUUCGUUGAUUAGCCAAACUAUGUGUAAAUAGUAGACGUCCAUUGCUUUAUUACUUCUCUUUCUUAAGUAUUCAUCUUGGUGAAUUGCGUACGUACAUGAUAGUUUCUUUUCAAAAGCUGGGGUGCCGUUGGACCUCUGUCGUUAUUCAUUUAAGCAAUGAGGACUUGUAAAUAAACAGAAUUGCGCGGGCACUGAUGUUACCGGCUAGCAGUCACAAGCUGCACGUCUUACUCGUGGCGGUCUGAGUACGGCAUGUAUUUUAGCUGGACAAUUUUCCGAACGUUACAAAUGAGAUGUCAUUCAGCAUUUGCUCUUUAAAAGACCCGAGGCCACUGUAACGGAAGUUCCCUGGUUUUCUUUUUCUUAGCUUUAGUUGUUUUUGUGUGUGUACAGUGAUUUUCUCGAGAUUUGCUUCGUGCAGCAAUCAAAGGGUCAGUGUGUCUGUAGAAAAAUUGAUUGAAAAGGUGCUGUUGCUUCGAUUUCGGGUUUAGUUUUUUUUUGAAGGUCUGUGUAGAUGUGCGUUCAUUUUGUAUGCUUGUCUGUAGCAUAAUUUAUGAGAUGUUUUCCCUUGUUAUGCUUGAUAUGUUGCAAUAGAAGAGGGAUGUCGGUUACCAGAGCACUAGAGCUUUUCCCUCCGUACGAUGUGGACUGGGUGACAUCAACGAAGUCGUAUUGAUUCUACAGCAAAGAUGAGCGUUUUUAGCGCCUUCUCUACUCUAUUCCGUUCUACUGUUGUAUUCGGGCUAUAAUUUCUUUCAAUUGGCCUGCCUUGCUAUGUACAACGUUCUUUAUUAUGGAAUCUUCCAACAAAUUAUCGCUGGUAUGAUUUUCGCAACAUCCGCGGGGGCAUUGUUAGCUAGAUGUCGGCAUCACGAGCAGUUUCAUUUGCUUAGUUUGAUAGUACAAUUCUACAAAACGCCAUCAACUUACUGGGUUCAAUUUGAGUAAAUGAUCCGACUGUCGUGUUAACAUACAUGAGUGACGUGUAUAUUAAUUUCGCCCUUUAUUGCCCUUUCCAUUACUAUCAUCUCUGUUAUUAUGAACUAUAAAAAUUUGUAGUAUGUUCGGGUGUGCUCAAUAAAUAUCGAGUACAGCUUCCUGUU